UGAUCAAGAAGUUAAUGUGUUUUUAGCUAUUCGCGGUGUUGGAAUUGAACCAAAUUCGAAAAUUGAAAGUGAUGUGAAAAAAUAUGGAUUGUGCAGCUCUGGCUCUUUAUGCAUUGGGAAAAGAUAUCCCUGA